AUACUGUACAUUCAUUAUUUGGAUCAAUCAACUGUACAAUGUUACAUCAAUAAUAAAAUAAAUACUUAAGAGGCUGUGAAGUGAAAUAUUUACACAAACUCUGCUUUCACCAGGGUCUGGAAUCCCUGGCUAUCUCAGUUCUGUCCCUAAAUAAACCAUUCUGUGAGCUUCUGGUAGACGUGUAGCAUUGGUCAGUUGCAAUGGGUCUUUUCUGUGGAGUCGGGGUUGUCUUUCACCUUGGGAAAACAAGUUUGACAAUACAGACAACUCCUGAACAACUAUUACAGUAAAAAGGUGUAUGUAAUCUCAACAGGUCAGGCCCUGAUGUUUUUGUGGUUCAUCCUGCAGCCCGGAUGUCGUCGUCCACCCAGCCUGUCCUUCCUGCGUGCGACCGAUGUUUGGUUGCGCUGAGAUUUGAGGCCCUGUAUGUCUGGAGGCUCACUGGAUGGCACUGGAUCUCUUAGCGCAGUUCACCCUGCCACGUCGGCCAAACAUGCAUCACAGUUUUGAAGGGAUGUCUUACACAAUAAAUCUYAACUGAUUAAAAAAAAAACUUUUGAUUUACAACAUAUUUUAAUUUGUGCCUAUAUGCAACAUUUUUGCUCUCAUUUCAGAUGUUAGUGGCAAGAAGUUGCUGCUCUGGCACUGGUGAUGGAUGAUAAUGGCAGUCUGGUGCUGGCAUGGAUCACCUUUUCAUCCCACUGGACAAUUGCACAUCUCCAUAUACAUGUCCACUAUGUAGAUCUGGCCAGGAGGAGAAACAACCUUUGAGAAGAAUGAGAAGUCCGCCUAGACACAGAAUAACUGGUUCGUUUAGGCAGAGGUUUGGAGGAAGAUUCAACAGACCACGAUUCAUAAGGGACGAUCAUUCAUUCCGGAAGCCCCGCUUCAGUUUUGGGUUCCAGAGAUACCACUCCUUUACCCCCCGCCCACGGUUUCACUGGAGAGACCAGUCCGGCCCCCCUGGGCCCCCAGGCCCACCACAAGACCCAUCAGGCCCCAACAGCCAGUACAGUGACCAGAGGAACAUGGACAGGAACUCCACCGCCAAGUCCUCACCUAAAGGACACACCAGUGCUCUCAGGUCUUCUGCAGGCGCCAGCAGAGAGGAGAAGCAGCCUGUGUCGUUCACAGUGGCUCAAAAGAAGGAGAGAUCCCACAGCAGAGAGGGAGAAAGAGAGAGGGAAAGAGAGCUCCCCUCCACCGUGAGCAGGGCCGCAGCACGAAACAGAACCAUCCAACAGAAGAGGAAAGAAAUAGAACAGGUGUACCGUCAGGACUGUGACACGUUUGGUGUGGUGGUGAAGAUGCUGAUAGCCAAAGACCCCUCCCUGGAGCGGCCCAUCCAGUCAUCUCUACAGGAGAACCUCAGGGAGAUUGGCCUGCGCUGUGUAGAGGCCAUGCAAGAGUUCAUUGAGGAGUAUGACACCAGGGAACCAUCCACAGUGAUACGCACACACGCACCUUUGUCUUAACCUGUGUAAGUGGCUGGCUUGUCUACAAAAACACUGAUUGUGGUGUAUACAUGCUGAUUUGGGUAUGUAAUAUUGGGUAUGUAAACUCGUGAGCUGGUCUGUCCUUGGUCAGUCAAGCCAAAGUCACUCCUGGUGCUCAGCCUUCUGGAAGCUCUGGAAGCUCAAAACUUCUACUGAAACUCAAUAAUUUAUGUUUGUCAACUUUCAAUAUUGCUCUUGACAAUGUGAUGAUGUAAGAUAUAGCUAUUGCACUUGUGCUUCCUACCAAAGUGUAGUUCAUGAAUUCCAAGCCCCGGUAUUAUAUUGAAAUGUUGUCUUUUUUAUUGAAAAUGUAUUUAUGACAUGAUUAAUACAUGACCUAUAAUAUUUUUAUAUACUAUGUUGAUAUACAAGGGUGAUUUCUUCCAAUACAGAGCAAGUUUCUAUUUACACAACCUUUGGAUAUUCUCGGUGCAUUAAAAUCUGUUCUUGAAAAUUA